AUGGACUCGAAAGUCGACGAUACAGUGACUCAAGGCAUCAUGGACGAGAAACAGUCUUCGCCCGUGCCGGAAAACAUGACUGAAUUGGCUCCUCGUCACAGAGAAUAUCUUUUGGAACGACAUGGUACCCUAGAACUUGACCCCGUACCUGCAAUGGACGAUGCCGACCCAUACAACUGGCCCUCGUGGAAGAAAGUCGUCAAUCUCACAUUAGUCGCAUUCCACGCCAUGUUCGGCACAUUCACCGCCGCUGCUAUUAUCCCCGCAUACUUGGACAUUUCCCUCGACUUGGGAAUCAGCAUCACCACGACCUCGUAUUUGACCUCAUUACAAAUUGCCAUCCUUGGAGGAGCUCCUCUCUUUUGGAAGCCAUUGUCGAACCGAUACGGUCGUCGUCCGAUCUUCCUCAUCUCGUUGAUCGGAAGCUUAGUCUGCAAUAUUGGAUGCGCCAAGAGCCCGGAUUAUGCCUCAAUGGCCGCUUGUCGUGCAUUGGUGGCCUUUUUCAUUAGCCCAGCUGGUGCUUUGGGCAGUGCUGUAGUCAUGGAAUGUUUCUUCAAGCGUGAUCGCGCCAAGUACAUGGGUGUCUGGACACUGCUUGUUACUUUGGGAGUCCCGCUAUCUCCUUUUAUUUUCGGCUUCGUUGCUGAGCGCGUGAGCUACCGAUGGAUCUACUGGGUUCUUGCUAUUGUCAACGGAGUCCAAUUCUUCUUGUGCAUUUUCUUGCAACCGGAAACUCGCUAUAUUGGCGGCUGGGAUGGCCCAGUUCCCUCUGGAUUCCGACAGGAAUAUUUGAGUUUCCGCCGCAUUGACCCUGCUCCUUUCACCCUGUACGAGUUCGUCAAACCAUUGACAUUGGCCACUCGACCUACUGUGAUGAUUCCUGCCGCUGCAUAUGCCAUGGUGUUUUUGUUUGCAAGUGUCAUGUGUACCGUCGAAAUCCCUCAAUUAUUGCAGCUCAAGUUUGACCUCGACGCACAGUCCUUGGGUCUGCAAUUUUUAAGUUUGGUCAUCGGUUCAGUUCUCGGCGAACAGUUAGGUGGACCACUGUCUGAUUCAUGGAUGAGAUGGAAAGCCCGCCGUCAGGGUGGACAGCAUGCCGCAGCUGAGCACCGUCUCUGGCUGAGUUAUAUCGGUUUCCUGCUCGCCAUUGCCGGUGUCGUGGUGUUCCUCGUUCAGACUCAAAACUCGCCUGCUGGUUCGUGGAACGUGACUCCCGUAGUGGGUGUCGCUAUCGCUGCCUUUGGUAACCAGGUUGUCACGACCGUGCUAAUUACCUACGCCGUUGACACGAACCAUACCGAGGCUGCGUCGGUUGGUGUGUUCAUUACCUUUGUCCGUCAAAUAUGGGGAUUUAUUGGACCAUUCUGGUUCCCUGAUAUGUUCAACAAUGUCGGCGUAGCCAAGAGUGCCGGUGUGGCCGCUGCGCUCUUGGUUGGAGUCAGUCUGCUCCCAACCAUGCUGCUUCAGUGGCGCGGUCAAGCCUGGCGACGAACCGAGAAGGUUGUUGUUGGUGCUGUCUAA